AUGUUGAAAACGAAAACAAUUUCACUUAAUUCCAUUCUCUCUCUCCAACUCUUACCCUUCUUCUCCGAUAAUUAUUGCUAUGCAUUGGUGAAUCACCAAACAAAACAAUUCGUAUUGGUUGAUCCUGCCGAGCCUUCCAAGAUCCAACAAUACAUUUCCAACCCUGAUUCCGUCUUUCAAGAUAAAAAGUUGAUUGCCAUUCUUACCACUCAUAAACAUUAUGAUCAUGCCGGUGGUAAUUCAUAUUUUCGCCAAUUAGAUCCUUCCAUUGAAAUUUAUGGAGGAGAUGAAUCGGAAGACAUCACUCGAGUGAUUCCGACCCUUCUCACUUCUCAUGAACGAAAACCUUUUGAAUUUAAAUUAUUUGAUGAUGAAAUCCGUCUUCAAGCCUAUCAUACACCAUGCCAUACGAAAGGACAUUUGUGUUAUGUGUUGAAGCACGCAAAGAAGGAAAAUGGAGAGGAAUGGAAUUGUAUUUUCAGUGGGGAUACCAUCUUUGCAGCUGGUUGUGGAAGAUUUUUUGAAGGAGGAGCUCAAGACAUGUACUCCAAUAUUCAAUUAAUUCGAUCAUUAUUCUCGGAUGAGAAUAAAGCAAAACGGACUCUGUUAUGUUGUGGACAUGAAUAUACUGUGAAGAAUAUUCAAUUUUUGGUGGAUCGAAUUUCUGAUCUGCCACUUGUCAUUCAAUACUUGGAAAAAUUUAAACAUUUGAGUGACCAUGGAGAGUUUUGUGUUCCAACCACACUUUGGGAAGAAUUUGAAUUGAAUCCUUAUUUCAGAGCGAUCAAUGAUGAAACCUGUGAAUUGAACUCACCUCAAGAAAAAAGUAAAUAUUUCCGUAAAAUGUCAGAAUAUUUAGGUGUGAAAGACGUCACAACCUCUUACUCUGCUGUUGAUUUAUUGAAGAAAGUCAGAGAACUGAAGGAUCAAUAUUAA